AUGAUCUAUGUUCGCCUCUUUGGAAACCCCAUUCUCAUCCUGAACUCCGCGACGGUUGCAAGUGACCUUCUUGAUAAACGUGGUGCAAAGUAUUCCUCCCGGCCUGUGCGAACAAUGGUAAAUGAACUAAUGGGUUGGGACUGGCUGUUCUCGUCCAUGCCGUACGGACAGCGUUGGCGCAGUCACCGCGCCCUCUUCCAGCAGCACUACCACUCAAACAGGGCCCCUGCCUUUCAGCCCCUCCAACUCAAAGAGGCGUAUACUCUGCUCCAUAACCUAGCGCAGGACCCGGACCGUUUUGCAUAUUAUGUGCGAAGGUCCGCUGCCGCGGUGGUCAUGAUGAUUUCCUAUGGUCACCAGAUCGUUGCAGAAGGCGACUUAUACGUCACCUUAGCCGACGACGCAUUAGGCGCUUUGGGGAAAGCCGGGAUAUUUGGAUCCUACCUCGUUGAUUAUCUGCCUUUCUUGAAACAUGUCCCCGAAUGGUGCCCCGGCGCUUGUUUCAAGAGACAGGCCAGGGAAUGGCGUAAAUUAACUCGUGCUAUGGUAGACAUACCGUUCACCGAGAUAAAACAGAAGAUGGCCGCCGGUACUGCCCUCCCUUGCGUCGCAUCCUUGGAGCUGGAAAAAACCGAUGGUACGCCCGACAGCGAGGAGCUAAUCAAAGACGUCGCUGCUAUUGGAUACGCCGAGACUGUUUCAGCGAUCUUAUCUUUUUUCCUCGCCGUGUCUAUCUCUCCCGCCGUCCAGAAAAGGGCACAUGAUCAGCUUGACCAGGUUUUGGGUGGCCAGAGAUUACCAACUUUUGAGGACAGACCUUCUUUGCCUUACAUUGACUGCAUUCUAUGGGAAUGCUUGCGCUGGAACCCCGUCACGCCUAUGGGCCUCGCCCACUACCUGACAGAAGACGACGAGUACGACGGUUACACCAUUCCUAAGGGAACCACCGUACUGCCUAACGUCUGGUGUAUGCUACAUGAUGAGAAGAGGUACCCCCAUCCACUCGAGUUCAAACCAGAACGAUUCGAGAACGCGGCGGAGAAUAAGAAGCAGGACGUUAUCAGCCUCCCUUGGGAGGCCUUCGGCUUUGGAAGACGGAUGUGUCCCGGACGCUGGUUAGCAAUCGACCAAAUAUGGAUAUCAAUCGCCUGCGUCUUGGCCGUCUUUGAUAUAUCGAAACCCUUGGAUAAUGACGGCCAUCCUAUCGAGCCGAAUGUGAAAUAUACCUCCUCACAGCUCAGCCGUCCAGAGCCCUUCAAUUGCAGGAUCACUCCUCGCUCGGAGAGGGCCAUUUCCCUCAUAAAGCAGCUCAGCACAGAUGGAACCUGUCAAAAGUAA